GGUGGCCAUCGGAGAGGCGGGCACUGCGAGUGGGAUGACAGACGCCAGGGGCCCUCCCUGAACAAAGACUGGGUGGGAGGUGGCCUGUGUCCUCCUACUCCGCCUCCCCCAGGCCUGCUGAGCCACUACGACGACGGACGGGGCUGGCGGAGGAGCAUGGCCGAGCUCGGCGGGGCGCCGCUGUUCCUGCUGCUGCACCUCUGCAGCCUGGCCCUGGCGGCCGGCAGGGUCGCGGGAGGUGGGACUGUCCUCAGGGAGCCCCCCGGGCUUGCUGACAUCCACAACUACCAGCACGAGACACCUGCCCACUCCUCAGUCGCUGUUGGCAGCCCCCAGAAACAGUGGCACCCUUUGGAGGAACGGCUGGGGCGACUGGAGGCUGAGGUGACCAAGCUCAGAGAGCAGAACAAGGAGCUGCAGGCCAGAGUGAGGCAGCUGGAGUCCUGCGAGUGCCGCCCCACCUCUGCCCAGUGCUGGGGGCUGGGGCGCACAUGGCCCGAGGGUGCUCGCUGGGAGCCGGACGCCUGCACCGCCUGCAUCUGCCAGAAUGGGGUGGCACGCUGUGGCCCUCAGCCCGACCUGCCCCACUGCCAGGGCUGCAGCCACAAUGGCCAGGUCUAUGGUGAUGGGGAGGCCUUCUCCCCAGAUGCCUGCAUCACCUGCCGCUGCCUGGAAGGGGCCAUCACCUGUACCCAGAAGCCAUGCCCAGGAUCACCCUGCCCUGAGCCAGGAGUGUGCUGCCCACACUGUGAACCAGACUGCCCUGAGGGUCACAGGUCAGGGGAAACAUGGCAUCCAGGGCCCUGUGUCUUCUGUACCUGCCAGGCAGGGACCGUGCAGUGCCAGGGGCCCUCAUGCUCCAAGCUCAACUGUCUGGAGAGCUACACCCCACCUGGGGAAUGCUGCCCUGUCUGCCGGCCAGGCUGUGAGUAUGAGGGACAGCUUUACGAAGAGGGGGCCAGCUUCCUCUCCAUCUCCAACCCUUGUCUCCAGUGCUCCUGCCUGAGGAGCCUGGUUCGCUGUGUGCCUGUGAAGUGUCCACCCAGCCCCUGCCCAAAGCCAGUUCAGAGGCCUGGGCACUGUUGCCCAGUGUGCCAAGUCCCAGGCUGCACAGAAGAUGGCAUUCACAGGGACCAUGGCCAAGAGUGGACUGCACCCGGCGACCCCUGCCAGAUCUGCCAAUGCCUGGAGGGCCGCAUCCAGUGCCACCAGCGAGAAUGUGCCAGCUUGUGCCCAUACCCCGCCCGGCCCCUCCCAGGCACCUGCUGUCCGGUGUGCGAUGGCUGUUUCCUGAACGGGAGGGAGCACCGUAGUGGGGAGCCUGUGGGCUCCGGGGACCCCUGCUUGCGCUGUCACUGUGCUAACGGGAGCGUCCAGUGUGAGCCUCUGCCCUGCCCACCUGUGCCCUGCCGACACCCAGGCAGGAUCUCUGGGCAGUGCUGCCCAGUCUGCGAUGGCUGUGAGUACCAGGGACUCCAGUAUCAGAGCCAGGAGACCUUCAGGCUCCAGGAGAGUGGUCGCUGUGUCCGCUGCUCCUGCCAGGCUGGCGAGGUCUCCUGUGAGGAGCAGGAGUGCCCAGUCACCCCCUGUGCCCCAUCUGGCUCUGGCCCGAGGCUUUGCCCAGCCUGUGUGCUUGAUGGAGAGGAGUUUGCUGAAGGGGUCCAGUGGGAGCCUGAUGGUCAGCCCUGUACCACCUGCUCCUGCCAAGAUGGGGUGCCCAUUUGUGGGCCUGUGCUCUGCUCCCCACCCCCCUGCCAACACCCCACCCAACUACCUGGUGCCUGCUGCCCCAGCUGUGAGAGCUGUACCUACCAUGGCCACCCAUACGCCAGUGGGCAGAACUUCACAGACACGGAAGACCCUUGCCAGGCCUGCCAUUGCAAGGAUGGGACUGUGAGGUGCUCUGUGAUCAACUGCCCUCCCACCACCUGUGCCAGGCCCCAGAGUCAACCUGGCCAGUGCUGCCCCAGGUGUCCAGACUGCAUCCUGGAGAAACAGGUGUUUAUAGACGGCCAGCGCUUCUCCCACCCUGGAGACCCCUGCCAAGAGUGCCACUGUCAGGAAGGCCUUGCCCGCUGCCAGCCUCGUCCCUGCCCUCGGGCUCCCUGUGCCCACCCACUGCCCGGGACCUGCUGCCAGAGCGACUGCAGCGGCUGCGCCUUCGGCGGGAAAGAGUACCCCAGCGGAGCCGACUUCCCGCACCCCUCGGACCCCUGCCGCCUGUGUCGCUGUCUGAGCGGCAGUGUGCAGUGCCUGGCCCGCCGCUGCCCGCCGCUGCGCUGCCCCGAGCCCGCGCUGCCCCCCGGAGGCUGCUGCCCGCAGUGCCCGGCCGCGCCCGCCCCCGCCGGCUGCCCGCGGCCCGGCGCCGCCCCCGCGCGCCACCAGGAGCGCUUCUCCCCGCCCGGCGACCCCUGCAGCCGCUGCCUCUGCCUGGACGGCGCGGUGUCCUGCCGGCCGCUGCCCUGCGCGCCCGCGCCCUGCGCCCACCCGCGCCAGGGCCGCUGCUGCCGCUCCUGCGACGGCUGCCGGUACCACGGGAAGGAGUUCGCCAGCGGGGAGCGCUUCCCGGAGCCCGGCGCCGCGUGCCACGAGUGCCUCUGCUGGGAGGGCACUGUCACCUGCGAGCCCAGGCCGUGUGCCCCUGCACAGUGCCCCUUCCCCGCCAGGGGCGACUGCUGCCCUGCCUGUGAUGGCUGUGAAUACCUGGGCGAGUCCUACCUGAGCAGCCAGGACUUCCCAGAUCCCCAAGAACCCUGCAACGUGUGCACCUGCCUUGGAGGCUUCGUGACCUGCAGUCGCCGCCCUUGUGAGCCUCCAGGCUGCAUUCAUGCCCUCACCCCACUGGGGCACUGCUGCCCAGUCUGCCAGGGUUGCUUCUACCAUGGGGUCACUGCUGCCCCCGGAGAGACCCUUCCUGACCCACUUGAUCCCACCUGCUCCCUCUGCACCUGCCAGGAAGGCUCCAUGCGCUGCCAGAGGAGACCAUGCCGCCCAGCUCCCUGCCCUCACCCCUCACCGGGACCUUGCUUCUGCCCUGUUUGCCGCAGCUGCCAUUUUAGGGGCCAGGAGCACCAAGAUGGAAAGGAAUUUGAGGGCCCUGCAGGCAGCUGUGAGCGGUGUCGCUGUCAGGCUGGCCAGGUCAGCUGUGCGCGGCUGCAGUGCCCACCCCUGCCAUGCCUGCACCAGGUCACAGAGCCGGGGAGCUGCUGUCCUCGCUGCAGAGGCUGCCUGGCUCAUGGGGAGGAGCACCCUGAAGGCAGUAGCUGGGUGCUCCCUGACAGCCCUUGCUCCUCCUGCAUGUGUCACGAGGGCAUCGUCACCUGUGCCCACAUCCAGUGUGUCAGCUCCUGUGCCCAGCCUCACCUGGAGCCUGGUGACUGCUGCCCUCGAUGUUCUGGCUGUGAGCAUGAGGGCCGGAAAUACGAGGCUGGUGAAAGCUUCCAGCCCGGGGCAGACCCCUGUGAAGUGUGCAUCUGUGAGCCACAGCCUGAGGGGCCUCCCAGCCUUCGCUGUCAUCGGCGGCAGUGUCCCAGUCUGGUGGGCUGCCCACCCAGCCAACUCCUGAUCCCUGAGCCCCAACACUGCUGCCCUACCUGUGCCCAGGCGCUGAGCAACUGCACCGAGAGCCUCCUGGGGUCUGAGCUAGCCCCGACAGAUCCCUGCUACACCUGCCGGUGCCAGGACCUGACAUGGCUCUGCAUUCGCCGGACCUGUCCUGAGCUCAGCUGUCCCCCUUUGGAGCACCACACACCACCUGGGAGCUGUUGCCCUGUGUGCCAGGAAUGUGUGGUGGAGGCUGGAAGCCGGAGAGUGGCAGAUGGAGAAAGCUGGCGGGACCCCAGCAAUGCCUGUAUUGCCUGCACCUGCCGGCGGGGCCAUGUGGAAUGUCACCUGGAGGAGUGCCAGCCCCUUUCAUGUCCCCAUGGCCGGGUGUUCAAAGAUGGCAGCUGCUGUGAGAAAUGUCAAGCCUCCACCCAGUCAUGUGAACACCAGGGCCGUCAGGUGGCCUCUGGGGAGCACUGGACUGUAGAUGUCUGCACCAACUGCUCCUGCGUGGCUGGCACCGUACACUGCCACAGCCAGCACUGCCCGCCACCAUCUUGCAGCUCGAACGAGGCCCCUGCCCUGAGUCCCGGCAGCUGCUGCCCACGCUGCCUGCCCCGGCCUGCUUCCUGCAUGGCCUUCGGAGACCCCCAUUACCGCACCUUCGACGGCCGCCUGCUGCACUUCCAGGGCAGCUGCAGCUACGUCCUGGUCAAGGACUGCCAUGGUGGGGACUUCAGUGUGCAUGUCACCAACGAUGACCGGGGCCGGAGUGGUGUGGCCUGGACCCAGGAGGUGGCAGUGCUGUUGGGAGACGUGGCUGUACAGUUGCUGCAGGGCAGGACCGUCUUGGUGGACCAGCGCCCAGUGGCCUUGCCCUUCCUGCAGGAGCCACUGCUGUAUGUGGAGCUGUGGGGACAAACUGUGAUCUUGCAUGCCUGGCUUGGACUUCAGGUGCUGUGGGACGGGCGGUCCCAGGUGGAGGUGAGGGUACCCGGCUCCUACCGGGGCCACACCUGUGGACUCUGUGGGAACUUCAAUGGCUUUGCCCAGGAUGAUCUGCAGGGUCCUAACGGGCUGCUCCUGCCCACAGAAGCUGCAUUUGGGAAUAGCUGGCAGGUCCCAGAUGGGCCAGAGUCUGGCCAGCCCUGCUCUGCAGGCCGAGAAGUGGAUCCAUGUCGGGCAGCAGGGUACCGUGCCAGGCGUGAGGCCAAUGUUCGGUGUGGGCAGCUGAAAUCCUCCUCAUUCAGCCGCUGCCAUGCUGUGGUGCCCCCAGAGCCCUUCUUUGCUGCCUGUGUGUAUGACCUAUGUGCUUGUGGCCCUGGCCCCUCAGCCGAUGCCUGCCUCUGUGAUGCCCUGCAGGCCUAUGCCAGUCACUGUCGCCAAGCAGGCGUGACACCUGUCUGGAGGGGCCCUACCCUGUGUGUGGUGGGCUGCCCCCUGGACCGAGGCUUCGUGUUUGAUGAAUGUGGCCCACCCUGUCCCCGCACCUGCUUCAACCAGCACAUCCCCUUGGAAGAACUGGCAGCCCACUGUGUGAGGCCUUGUGUCCCUGGCUGCCAGUGCCCGGCAGGCCUGGUGGAACAUGAGGGCCACUGUAUCCCCCCUGAUGCUUGCCCCCCAGUCCUGUUCACAGGGGCCCAGCCACUCAACACUGCGUGGUCAGGAGCAGCCCCUAGCUCCACCCUGAGCUAGAGAGAUACCCAGCUGGGCCUCCUUGGGCCAGAAGUCUUCUCUUGGCUACAGUAAUAACCACCCCAGUCAGAGCUGUGGGGAUAACGCCCUGCUAGGCCCUGCGAGCCUGGGCCUCUGUCUUGUAAAGAAACAGCAGUAAACUCUGGGCCUGCUCAAGACUCC